AUUAUUAUUAAAAUCAUCUUCGUACCGGCACAAAUUUUACCAAGCCAACAAAGUGUCCAAGGGCAGCUCACAGAAAGUAGACACAGAUCAAGUCCGGCAAUACUCGAACUGCAACAAGAAGUACCUUGACCAGAAUAAUGUGAUUAGAGUCUGGACCAAGUAACUAAACUUCUUUCAUCUUGCUUAUGUUUGUUUUAUGUUUUGCUGUAUAUCUUUUCCUUUUCUGUUCUACUAUUUUAUGUUAAAGAAAUAUCCAUGCUUAUCUUGUUAUAUCAUCAAACUUAAGCAAAGCCACCGUCCAUACUUAAAUAAAUUUAUUACAUAUAAUAUUCGAUUUUUCUGUGUUUGUUUAUUGUUGACCAAAAUUGGGUAGCCAACUACACUAUAUUCAAACACUACCAAGAGCCUUUCAAAAGUGUGGGAGGCAAUCAAUCUGGGCAAAAUGACUCGGAUUUGGCAUAUCUCCACAAACACCAUCCGACCAACAAAUCAUAAUGAUCAGCUAAUUCAUAGAAUUGAGUUAACUCCAUGGGAUUUGCGCCUAAUCCAACUUGAUUAUAUCCAAAAGGGGCUUCUCUUUCAAAAACCAGCAGAGUUAGAACAGAGCAACAGCUUGAUUCAACACCUACAAGCCACUCUUUCCCAAACCUUGAACAUCUUCUACCCGCUUGCCGGCCGCCUAGCUGUGAUCGAAAAUGAAGAUAACACCACUUGUUUUUCCAUCAACUGUAAUAGCGAUGGAGCCUUGUUUGUUCAUGCAGCUGCUGACGGGGUCAAAAUGGCUGAUAUCCUUGACUCUGUUUAUGUUCCAGAUGACAUUGUUAACAACCUCUUCUCUAUGAAGGAGGCUUGGAACUACGAAGGCAUUUCGAAACCAUUGCUUGCAGCACAAGUGACUGAGCUUGUUGAUGGCAUCUUUAUUGGUUGCAGCAUAAACCACACGGCUGCUGACGGUACCUCUUUCUGGCAUUUCUUCAAUACUUGGUCUGAAAUAUCUCGUCUUGGCGGUUAUGAUAAAAUUUAUAAACCUCAUCCUGUUUUGGGCCGCCAAUUUUAUGAAGGGGUGAUUGAUCUCCCAAUUCACCUACCCUCCUCCUAUGUCAAUGAAAUCAAGAGCAAGCAGCUUAUAAUUGGACAUGGUUCAUCUUCAGAUUCUUUACAAAGGGUAGUGUUUCAUUUUCCCAAAGAAAAAGUUGCAUGGCUCAAAUCCAAGGCCAAUGCUGAGAUGGGCACCAUUGACAGUAACAUUAGCAUCUCAUCCCUUCAAGCACUCAUGGCUCAUCUUUGGCGGGCGAUAACACGCGGCAGACAUCUGAACCCAGAUCAAGAGGUUGCUUAUCGCGUUGCGGUGGGAUUGAGGCAAAGAUUGAAUCCACGAUUGCCAAAAGAGUACCUCGGGAAUGCCCUUCUAGGCGUUAUUGUCAAGUGCACUGCAGGGGAGCUGCUAGAACAUGGGCUAGGCUGGGCGGCUUCCCAAAUAAACAAGACAAUUGCUUCCCUGACAGCUGAAGAAGCGAGGAAGUACAUGGAGGAUUGGGUAAAAGCUCCUACAUUUCUUUCAAAUAUGCUGGGGGAACCAACAAAUGUGGAAUUGGUCACAGGAAGCUCGCCGCGGUUCAAUGUGUAUGGUAAUGAUUUUGGAUGGGGAAGCCCGGUUGCUGUGCGAAGCGGAAUUCCAGAGAGAAAGCUUGGGAAGCUGACAGUGUUUCCUGGGCCAGAAGAUGGAAGUAUUGAUUUUGAAGCUUGCCUUUUGACUGAGACUCUUCGAGCUAUGGCCGACGAUGCAGAAUUCAUGAAGGCUGUGCUCACAUGAAGUGCCCUGCUUUUGAAAUUGGCUUGCAAAUUAAAGUUUGUCAGUGUGCUUAAUUUCAAGGUUGGUGAAAUUUACUAGGUUAACCAACUGAAUCAAGCAGUUAUAUUUAGAAAAUGAUGAAUUUACUUUGCACAUGUCCAUUGAGAUGUAUGUUGCUUGAAAUCCCUCAUCUUAAUAUGUAGAAACUUCACCACUCUCAGUUCAUAAUCAAACUUAACCGUCAAAUUCUCAUUCAUAAUACUAACAAACUGGUGUCCUUCGAAUUAA